GAAGGAAAAAAAUGGCGACAUAAAUUUUCUUGAAAAAAUAAUGUCAGGACGCCCUCCAAAUGAAAGAGGGCCAGCGGGCAACCCGCACGAUGUGUCCUCUCCAUACAAAAGGCCCCGCCCCCAGAGCCCCGUACAACAGCGGCCUGGGUACCCCUACCCACAGGAUCCUCAGAGCCACAGGAACUACCCUGGAGUGCCAGCCACAGCAUCAGUGUAUCCUAUGUAUAGACAAGACUUCCAGGGAGCUGACCAGGCCGGGAGGGACCGUUACAGGGAGGAAUACCUUCAGAUCCCCCGCCGCCCCACCCUGCUUCAUGACUUCCAGGCCCACAGAGCCGCCAACCUAGACAGAUACAGAACUAGAGAGGCUUAUAGUGGCUACAAUCAGGAUACAAUGGGGAACAUUCAGGUAUCACAAGGGGGAGGGGACCCAGGCCCCAGUACAAGCCAAGUCAACCCCUCAUCUGGCGGCCCUCAGACCCCCAAACGACCCCGACUUGUCAUGGAAAGACCAGAGUUACAGCCCCUACAAAUAGACAUUAAAAAGGAACCGACCUACAACCCCCAAGUGGAGGCCAUCUCCCCAACCCUGCCCCCUGAUGAGACGAGCCAGUCCUCCAAGGAUCAGCUCCUACAGGCCAUCAGUAAAGUCGACAGGGAGAUCAGCAAAGUGGACCGAGACAUCCAUAAACUCAAGAAAAAACAAGAACAGCUGGAAUUGGAGAAAUGUAAGCCUCCAGAGGAAAAACAGAAGGUCAAGGACAUUGUCGUGCCAGAGACCAAACACCAGAGCAUAGCUCAAAUCAUCUAUGCUGAAAACAGGAAAAAAGCAGAGGAAGCCCAUAACAUGUUUGCCAAAUUAGGGCCGAAGAUAGAUCUGGUAUGUUUUAAAUUGCCUCUGUACAACCAGCCAUCUGAUACGACAGUGUACCAUGAGAACAAGAGAAAGUAUGCUGAAUUUAAGCCAAGGCUUCUUUUGCAUUUUAAAAAGAGGCAGCAGGAAAAAAGAAUACGGGAGAGGUAUCUCACAGAAAGAUAUGAUCAGUUGAUGCAAGUUUGGCUGAAGAAAAUUGAAAGAAUUGAAAGUAGUGCUAAGAGAAAAGCUAAAGAUGCCAAAAUGAGGGAGUAUUUUGAAAAAGUAUUCCCAGAAAUCAAGAAAAACAGAGAGGAUAAAGAGAGGUUUUCUAGGGCAGGGACUCGUGGAGGUAAUAAUGGUGUGUAUGCUAGAAGUGAGGCAGAGCUGGAGCAGAUUAUGGACGGGCUACAUGAACAGGAGGAAGAGGAUAAGAAGAUGAGGAGUUAUGCUGUUGUGCCCCCUAUGAUGUUGGAUGCUCGACAACGUAAACUGCGGUACAUAAACAACAAUGGCCGAGUAGAUGACCCAAUGGCAGAGUACGAAGAAGGGAAGUUUAUCAAUGUCUGGACAGCGCAGGAGAAGAACAUCUUCAAGGAAAAGUAUCUACAGCAUCCCAAGAAUUUCUCCUACAUAUCCCAGUUCCUAGAGAGAAAGAGUGUUGCGGACUGUGUGCAGUAUUACUACCAGACCAAGAAAACUGAAAACUACAAAAGUCUCCUGCGUAAACAGACUGUUAGGAAACAAAAGUGGAAGAAACCUCAGCAAACAGCCACCCGCCCCCAGGAAGACGGGAACAAGGAUCGGCCCGGGGAGGGGGAGGAUGAGGUGGUUUCGUCCGCCACCUCAGAGCAGCAGGUGGAGCCCUCAGACAGCUGUGCUCCAGCCUCCUCCUCAAGUGAGGCAGAUAUCAAGAUCAAAGAGGAGGAGUUCUCCUCAGAUGACAAUGAGGCAAUGCCAGCGGUCACUGCAGGGGGAGAAGGGGAUGGUGGUGCCCAUAAUUGUGCCAUUUGUGAUAUGCUAUUGGAGCACUAUGGUCUGAGUCGACCUUUGACCCAGAGUAACUGUGACCUUUAUGGUAUGAAGGAAGAGAAUCUCAAACCUGAAAUGAGAGUCUGCAGCAGUUGUCGCUGUAAAUCAGUGCGCCGCAGAUACACACAAUGCCCUGUUCCUUCAUGUAAAACACCAAAGAGAAAAGUCAAGCGUCUAAGACCCCUGCCCCCUAAAUGGUCUGAGAUGACGGCAGAGGCCAAGGAACCAGUCAUAAAAGAACUACAACUUACUGAUGAUAUCACAAAGUGCUGCUCAGCUUGCUUUAAUCGGAUAGCAAGGAAACUGGGAACCAGCACAGUGCCUGGGGACCAGAAUUCACAAAUGGCCCCUGAAACAACAGAAGCCACAGAGAGUGUAGAAACAUCACGUUGGACAGAAGAGGAGAUGGAAAUAGCUAAGCAAGGUCUGAGAAAUCAUGGCAGAGAUUGGGUAGCCAUUGCCAGUAUGGUGCCAACAAAGACGGAAGCUCAGUGUAAAAACUUCUACUUCAACUACAAGAAAAAGCUUAAUCUAGAACAAAUUGUACAGGAACAUGCCAAAGAAAAGGUUCUCAACUCUCAGGAGGUAGACAAGAGGACCACUUCUAUUUGUGAGAGCAUUGCGUCCACGGUGACUGCCCCCUCUGAUGUGGAGGACAUGUCCUCAGGGAUGGAGGACAAUGAUGAGGACAAUGACUCAGACACCACCAGUGCUCCUAGCCCCUCGGCACAGAGGAUUGAGGAAGUUACCAUGAAAGAGGACAAGCAGGAGGGGAACACAGGGACCGAAUUAUCUUCUAACUUCCAGGGUCCCACCACAAUGGGUCUCCCUCAGAAUCUGACCGCUAACAAGCCCCUGAGUGCCUCCCAGGGCAGCCUGAGGAGUGUGGAUAACGACAGUAGUGCUACCAUGAGUGCUGACGAAGCCCCUCCUCCAGGGGGUCAGCCCCCCAGGGAACCACAGAAUGAGCCAAGAGACACAUUUAGCCCUAGAACUUCAGGAAUACCUGCCUCAAAACUGCCUAUCCAGCAGCAGAACACUGGGGGCUUCCCUCAUCAGCCCUCCCCAACAGGUCCAACACACAUGCAGCCUUCUCCAACAACCCAGACUCACCUACAGCAGAUGAUGCAAGGGGCCCAGUUAGGGGUGCCCACUCAGCCCAGACCUUCCACAAGCCCAGGAUUACCAAUGAGAGGUGGGCCACUUCCUCAUCCAUCAGCUGUCCGACAGAGCCCAGUGCCCGGUAGAGUGGCUUCCAGUCCAGCUCUGGAGGUCGAUCACGGUCACCCAUCUCGCCCGUCCAGUCGAGAUGUAAGAGAAGUCCAGCCAGUCAUGGGACAGGCAGGGAACCCAGCAGUGUUAGAUUAUUCAGGCAGACAGCCACCCCAGGGUCAGCAGGGAAGAAACAGCAUGUAUAAUAUUAUGUAUCAGGGGGAGAACGCUCAACACAGACCCUCCAGUGCCAUGUCAGAGCCAGGAUUUGUCAACCAGGGCCACCUCAGCAGAAGUAUGUCACCAGUUGUAACCGGUAACAAAAGUAACCUGAGCCAGAAUGAUGCCAAGCGUAUGUCUUGUGUGAGGGAUCUCAUCCACUCUGCUAUUGAGAGAAAUUUGGUCCAGCCUGAUCGCCCUGUUGAGAGACCUCAAGAAAAACGUCCUGCCUCCUCAGAGCCAAUAUACAGAGGUCAGCCCAUGGUUCCAGGUGCUGGUCAAUACAAUGUCCAGGAUCUCCGUAAAGAGAAGCCUGAUUAUGGUGGACGCCAUUCUGCUUCUCCUUAUCACAUGCCACCAGGCAGAAUGGAGAGAGAACCCCCAGACAGCAGAGACAGAGGAGGGGAUCUCCCCCAAGAUCUCUCUAAAGCUCCUUCUGGCUACAGGGGAAAUCCCCGUGAUUUUGGUAGCCAGCCCCAGUAUGAGUACAGAAGACCUGCUGAGGACCCCCUGCCCAGAUCUUCAGGACCACCACCUGCCCACUCUCAGAAACCCACUGGAUAUUUUCAUAGUGAGGCACUGCCAUUGACUAAUAGACCUCCAUCUGUGGAACAGAAAUCUCCUCAGCCGUACCUUCAUGACAGGCAAGCUGUUUCUCCAGCUAUCAGCCGACACAUCCCACCAAGCACUUCCCCUUUCACAGGAAUGCCCCCCAAUAUGGACCCACAUGCUCGUGGACAGCCCCGCCAGGCCAUUCCACCACCCCCUCCAUUGAUAAAUAGCAAAGGACCAUCUCCAAAGCUGAAUACAAAAUCUCCCCCAUCAACAGGUCAUCCUUCUAUGUUGGUGCCUGGUUCUGUCAUGCAUUCAGGCUCUGGAUCAAUUACACAAGGUACACCUGUAAGGACAGUUGCUCAGAGCAUUAAUCCAAGUCAGUUGGCCAAUAUGGCACAGCGACAAGAGGCAAUCCACAGGCAGCAGAAUUUACAAGGCCAGCCAAGGAUGCCCAGUGGAUCAAUAACCAGUGGUACUCCUGUGAAUAGAGAGAUGGGGAUUCGAGGUGCCCCUGGAAGCAUGGAGGGACCUAGGAUGCAAAUGCAGUGGGAGCAGCAGCAAAGAAUGAUGAUGGAACAGCAGAUGAUAAGGCCUCCACAGCAGUAUCCACAGCCAGGGAUGCCUUUUCAUUAUCAGCCAGAGAACAGCACCAGACAGACUAUAAGAUGUGAUUUUGAAACUUCUCGGCAGAUGGGUGGACCUCACAGGAAACAGGAAAGUCAGCCCUCACCGAGAGGCAAAGAGACAAAGCCAGGCCCAUACCCAGGAUCUUUAAUGCCGGGAUACACACAGACAAGCCAGGGACUGAUCUAUCUUCAACCUGGACAGAUGCCCAUGCAGCCUGAUAGGAGGUUGUCACCUCAUCCAUCCCAUAAUGCACCACCACAUGAGGAGAAACCUAGUGGUUGGCCCAAACAAGGAAUGCCUGGUCCAGGCCAAGUUCCACAUGACCGACCAAGUAUAACCCAUGGCACAGGACGCCCUAGUGUGAUUACGGCCAAUGAAAGACCAGACUACCCAGGGGAGGGUAUGCGGGGAACUCAAGGUGCACAUUCACCAAGAUACGAUCCACUUUUACGUCAGCAGCAGCAACAACCAAGGUCCAGCAUACCGGCUACCACUUUAGCAGCUCAGCAACAGGAGUACAACAGAAGACAAAUGCAGGAGAGGCAGGAGCAACAAGAGAGGGAGAACGCCAACAAAAACAAGGCAUUUAAUCUGGAGGAGCAGAUCAGGCGGGAAAUAAUGGAGUCCCCAAAACAAGAUGACAGAGGUUUUAAAAGUGACACAGAGUCCAACAAAAGCUCCUCAAACAGAUCCUCUCCAGGAUUCAGGAAUACUACCAGUAACAUCCAAACUCCAGCGGAAUUCUUUAAAGUGUUUGCUCAGGACCCAAGUGGAACAAAUCGCUCUGGAAGUGAGAGACAAGCUUCCUUAACUGCCGCAAACUUAAUUGAUGCUAUUAUCAUCCACCAGAUUAACAAUUCAACUGAGGAAACUGCCACCACCAAGCCUGAGGCAUCCUCUGUGGUAUCCUCUAUGCCCCGCCCAAAACAGGAGCCACCAGAUUCAGCACCACAGCCAGUACCACACUCCACUCCUCCAGACCAGAAGUCACCACCGGCCAUGCAUGGCAAGAAACGCUGGGUCCACGAGUCCCAGCAGAGACCAGUACAGUCCUCUCCAAUGCCAAGCACACCACAGAGUGGAUCAGGACAAGUGUCUGAUAGCGAGAACAGUCCAACCACAUCCAGUAUGGAGGCUAGGACCCCCAAAUCUGAGGGCCCUGGUGGGGAACAGAAAAGUAGCAUGACCCUAGGGGAACACAUCACCUCCAUCAUAAUGAUGGAUUACGGUAAUACCAAACCGUCUGCCAAAGCCAAUGUUCUGAGUCAGAUUAACGGGAGUCCAGAGGAUUCUCCACCAGUGAGUAAAUCGGGCACCCCAGUCAGUGCUAUUCCAGAUCAGUCGUCCCCUGGGAAACCCCUGACCUCCCAGGGUCAGACGGACGGGGUGUCACAGUCCACCGACUCUCGACCCCGGAGCUUCUCUACCGGGGCCACUACUCACCCAGGGUUUGUGCCAUCAGUUCACGGACACAAGUGGAAGAAAGCCCACAUGCAUCAGGAAGCAGUAGGAUCUCGGAGUUCCUCCUCUGGUUCUGGAGAGAUGUACCCAGACAGUAUGACUCCACACCCUGGUGAGGGGGACCGUAGUCACCACCCCGACCAGUCACGCUCCCCUCAUAUCACCAGUGGCACCGAGCCGGUCUCCCCGCCCGGAGCCCCAGAAAGUAGUGAGGCACUGCCUGCCAAGACUUCUCCCCCUCCCUCACCUCGCUCUCGAUCUGGUUCACUGAAUAUCUCUUCAACUGUAGCCGCCAAUCACCAGCAUAUCUCCAGUCUAUUAUCUAGACCAAACACUGCUGGUGGUCAUCAAGCUGAAUGUUCUGUGUCCUCCCCUCAAGUUUCUGAAGUGGCCUCUAGCUCUAAGCCUGACAACAGCCAGCUAGGAAACUUGUCACCUCUAGAUUAUGUUAAGAACAAGAUCGCAGAGGUUCUACGGGAUGAGUAUGAUACCAAAUCACAGGCUGGGGUAUCUUCUAUGCAUCAGAGGAGCCACCAGCAGAAAAUGGCACAGCCAGGGAUGAGUCAUCUACAGAGCUCUACAAACACAGGGAUGAAUCGUUCUAUGUCUCCCAUGGCAGGUGGUCACCACCAACAGCAACCUGAGCCGGAGUCUACUCAGCAAAGAGGCUGGGAGAAUCAGCAGAGAGAGAUGCACUCUCAGCAACAUGGAGACAACCAAGCAACAUCACAGCAACAUCAGCAUGAAAUCUUUCCAUCAAGUACCUCUUCCUCAAGUGAGCAGCAUCAGUAUCAGGACCCCAUCAGCAAACAUCUCAGCUCUAGUGAUGAAGUCAGUGAUAGCUCCAGCACAUCCUCUCAACCUGUCUCUCAAAUGUCUGCUGCACAUGCUAAGAAACGCAUGUUUGCUCGGGGAAGAGUCAAGUAUGGAGCAGAUGAUGCACAGAGCAAAUAUUCUCAGCAGAAAUCGACCCCAACUUCUAUGUCAGAAGUUCAGAGAGCAUCAACAACAACAGACAAGAAGGGACCUAGAUCAGAGUACGACUUCCCAGAUAGUCCAGAUGAUGAUCCAGUGGUGAAAGGAAGCUAUAUGGCUCUGUCAAGCACAACCAGAAGUCCUCGUAGAGGAAUUGUAGAUAGUUCUGAUAACCGUUCUUCAGACCGUGGCAAUGACUCACAAGUUCAAAGUUCAGACUCCAGAUUUGGAAUGGACCAUGGAGAGGCACAGAGUUCAGAGGCUCAGUCAUACAUAAGACCAGAGCAAAAUAUUGACAGUCGCUUCAUAAGGAAGUCCUCAAAACAUGAUACCUCAGAGGUGGACGAAAGUUCUAAUGUGUCCCAUCCCAGUAUAGACAGCACUCACUCCGACAGAAUGAUCAUUGAUGAAUCUGUAGGUGCCAUUGACAGCUCCUCUGCAGCAGACGUGACCUCCGCAUCACCUCAGCGAGAUAGGUCAAAGUCCUCAAGGUCAUCUAAAGACAGUGAGAACAGUCCACGCAGUAGUACCGACAUCCAGGAUGGGGGAGAACGCCUGUCCCAAAGUCGCACCCCCGACAGCGCUGUAGGCUCAUUCACACAUAGAUCUAGGUCACCAAGGGGAGGGGAUUCUCAUUUUCCUGUUCUUGAUACAACCACUCACCCUCACUCCAGUUCAGAGAUGCCAACCUCAGCUGGAUCUAACAUCCCCACCAGUACUACUGCUGCUUCAAUGCCAUCUCCCUACUCCGCGAGCGGUCAGCAGGUGGGGUCCUCAGGGGAUGGGGAACAUGGAUUUCAGCAGAGGAACCACGAACCAGCUCUCCUUCUGUCAUCACAAUAUGAAACCCUGUCUGAUGAUGACUGAAGGUCACCAUUGUAAUGAAUGAUGAAGAAAACAAACAAAAUAUUCAAGGACACCAUAUGUAAAAGUCGUGUUCAUCUUUAUUCCAUCCCCUCUAGGACAUUUGGGCUAGAUUUCAUGGUUAAAGUUCACAUUAUUUCCCUGCAUUUGGUUUCUAUUCCGUCAGGAUUAGUGCUCCAUGCUUUACUUGUUACAUUUAUUGUAUAGAGUGUCCUUUGUGUCUGUGAUGACUUUAUUUAGACUAGAUGUCAUACAUCUGUUGUAGUUUUGAAAUAUUUUAUCGUAGUUUAAGAACCACACAGCCACAAAUUUCAUGGAAUGUGUGCUAUGUCUGUUGUAUUUUAGUGUGUUAGAACAUUAGUUUGUAUCAAAAGAAAUCAUACAAGCAAAAAGGUCAAGUGAAGUUACAUUAACUUAAAGUUAUGGUAUUUAGAUUUGUGUUUGUAUGGAUAUUGUGGGAGUACAUGUAUUACAUGCAAAUAACUGAGUAAGAAAAUACUGCAUUUAGAAGUAAUUUUGUUAGAUGUAUGGGGGUGGGUGUUUCCGUUUUUUUUUUUUUUUU